AUGGCUUACGCAACGGACAAUGGGCACGGCUCAAGUUCGACGAGAAGUGGUGGCAGGCCCCUUGCGCAAACCUCGAUGUCGGCACUCACCGCCGCCUCCUCGUCGAACUAUGCGCCUAGCGUGUCUAGUGACAGCCAAAUCCAAAGCCAGAGCGGGGGUAUCCCUGGCACACCCGUGAGCGGACGCUCACGUCGCUCAGGCGGAUGGGACCGGCAAACGCUUUCCCCGACAGCGGCUGCAAGAGCCGGAGUUGAUGAUCUUACGAUUGAAGACCAUGCCGUUGAUCAGCCAAGCAGUCUUCGGCCCAAGGAGGAUCUAGAUGACUCUUCUGAUUCUUCAGAUGAAUACAUGACGAGUUAUCGGCCUUUGGAACGAAAUGUCAUUCAGCACACCGUCAUCAUCGAUGUCUUCGAAGGGCAGCUUCAUUUAGCACCUAUCUCAUCAAAGCCGAGGCGGGUCCUUGAUGUUGGCACUGGCCCUGGAGCAUGGGCAUUGCCGCCUUAUACCAGAUCUAACUGUAGCUUUAUCGCAAUGGAUAUUACGCAUGAUUGGGACUUCACCGGCGGCGGUAACUUCGAUUUUAUUCACAUUCGACAACUUGGCGAUAUUCAGGAUAAAAAGAAGUUAGUCCAAUCGACUUUUGACAACCUGGAGCCUGGAGGAUGGGUCGAAUUUACGGAAUGGAUCGCAAUUCUACAGUCACCAAAUCAUUCAUUGGACGGCACCGCAUUCCGCAAAUGGAAUGAUCUGCUAGAGCAAGGAAUGCGCAGUUUUGGUACAACGCUGUACUACCCGAAUAAAUUCAAGCCAUUGCUACAGGAAACAGGCUUUGAGCAUAUCAUUGAGACCAGAAACGGCGCGCCGACAAAUGCGUGCUAUCCUGGGAAAAGGUUGCAGCGCAUAGGCCAUCUAAUGACGCAGAACUGGCUGCUUGUUCUUGAGCCAUUAACAAUGCCUGUUUUUACGCAAGCGUUAGGCUGGUCUCCGGAUCAAGUCAAGUCGUUUCUGGUUGAUGUACGGAAAGAGAUUGGCAACACACAAUACCAUUCCUUCAUGACGCUAAUAACUAUUUGCGCCCAAAAGCCGUUAAAUAGUUCAUCCACGUCGUCAAAGUCGGCCUCAGCUUCAGCCUCCGCAUCCGAAUCUUCUCUUCCCACGAUAAAGUAGGUCCUCCGGUUUGACCAGACGCACUUUGAACACGACCCGCGAGGUUGCCUUCAC